AUGCCAAAAUUACUGCAAACCUACUUUACCAAAAGUUCUAAACAGUUUUCUUGCUGUAAAUUAUGUAAAAAACAAGUUAAAACAUCAGGAAAUACAACUAACUUGUGGUCCCAUCUGAGAUCUAACCACAAAGGAAUUUUGGGGUUAGGUUUACAGACACAUUCAAAACCUCAAGUAAAGGAAGUAAUUAUGGAAGCUGAAAAAUCGAACGAACCUGAAUCAGAAGUGGAAAAAGAAAUCGAUGUUUCCUCGCAGACAGAGACGAACUCAAUAGAUUUGCAUUACAGUACAAAAAGUAAAUCGUUAUGUUCGUCCAGUUCCAGAAACGAUUCUCGCCUAAGUUUUGGUCAAAGUCCUACUCCCAGUCUCAUGCUGGCUGAAACAGAAUCUAUUCCAUCAAUGUUUAAGAAUGCAACUGAUUUUCAAAGUGGUGGUAGAAAAGACAGGGCUUUCAACGACGCUCUUGUAAACUUAAUUUGUAAGGAGAACUUACCCCUAUCGUUUUGUGAAUCUGAGGCUUUUAAAAAAUUUUGCAAAAUUGCAGCGCCACUCUACAAAGUACCAAACCGGAAAAAAAUUCGUGAAAUGAUUGAGGAAAAGUAUAAGGCUGUGUCAGCUUUACUUCGCUUGAAAAUUUCUACUGUCCAACAUCUUUCAUUAACAACUGAUAUAUGGACUGAUACUUACAAUAAUACAAGUCACAUGUCUCUUACAUGCCAUUUCAUAGAUGGUAGUGAAUUUGAGUCGGUGGCGUUAGGAGUUAAAGAAUUGCAAGACAGGCAUACUGCUGAUUAUAUAAGUGAGAUUUUACAAUCAAUGUGUGAUGAGUGGGGAAUCGAGAAACAUCAGGUUAUGGCUGUUGUAACCGACAACGGUGCCAAUGUUUCUAAAGCUGUGAAGGAUUUAUUUGGGCGAGACAAACACUUACGCUGUUUUGCGCACACUUUAAACUUGGUUGCUGUAAAGGCAGUGGAAGAAACAAAGGAUUUACAUGCUAUAAUUUUAGAGGUUAAAGAUAUUGUAAAGUAUUUUAAACAUUCAGUUGUAGCAUCAGAAAAAUUAAAAAGCAUUCAGGCUCAAAAUAAAUCGAAGAAAAUAAAAUUGAAACAAUCUGUGCCAACACGCUGGAACUCUACUCUAGAGAUGUUGGCGAGAUUUGUAGAACUAAGUCAUGAUGUAAGUGCAGUAUUACUAAGUUUUCACAGUGCACCUCGUAUGAUUUCUGCAUACAAUCUUCAAGUACUAAGAGAAGUGAUCGAUAUUUUGAAACCAUUUGAUCAGCUGACGAAACAGAUAUCAGGUGAAAAAUAUAUUACAGUCAGUUCUAUACUGCCAAUGAUAAGCUGUAUGACCAAAGCCACAGCUGCCAGAACUCCUAUGGAAACAGUAGGAAAAAAUUUUCAGGUUGCCAUGUUGAAUUCCCUGGCACACUAUUUUAAGGAUGCCGAAAGCAACUACUUGCUAGCCAUUUCUACUAUACUUGAUCCACGAUUUAAAAGGCUGCAUUUUAAUUCGCCAUUAGCUUGUUCACAAGCAAUAUCUCACAUCAAUGAGACCCUACAAGAUAUUUCGAGAACAAAUAAUGAAGGGGACAAGCAUCAGUUACAAGAUAGGUUAGUACAGACUGCUAACAGUGACGAUAUCUGGAGCUUCCACACCUGUCUAGCUGCAAAGCAGACAGGCACUGAAACGCAGGGAGACUCAGGUAGCUUGGUUACAGACUUAAAACAGUACUUAAAUCAAAAUUUGUUAGACCAUAAAUGCUGCCCCUUAAAAGAAUGGGAACAUUUGUCUGCCAUAUUUCCAAAUAUGAAGAAGCUAGCAGACCAGUAUUACUGUAUCCCAGGAAGCUCUGUUCCGUCGGAAAGAUUGUUUUCUAAAGUGGGUCUCAUUAUGACGACGAGACGAAACAGGCUUGCAAGCUCAAUCCUUGCAAAGCUAACGUUUUUAUCAUCCCUCUCCGAGAAAUGGUUUAUUACAACAUAUUAA